AUGCGGCACAGCAGACAUGGAGCCCGCCCCGCCGUUUCAGGCUUCCUGCUCGACGCGACGCCGCUCGAGUGGGACGAGUCUCUCGAGGUGAUCCGGUACGUGCGGGAGCACGGCAUCGCCCAGUUCAUCCACCUCUACAAUCGCAUCAAGGAUAUCGAGGGUGACCGGCUGCUCUGGGGCGACGAGGUGGAGUACGCCAUCUUCAAGCUCGACGCCGAGCGCGGCACGGUCAAGCUGUCGCUCCGUGGGGCCGAGAUCCUCGCUGGGCUGCAGGAGGGCGAGCGCAGCGUGCCCGUCGGGCAGCAGUGCAACUGGGUGCCUGAGUGGGGCAGCUGGAUGGUCGAGGGGACGCCGGGCAUGCCGUACUCCGGUUACGCGACCGACCUGCUGCUCGUCGAGAAGAAUAUGCGCACGCGGCGCGCGCGGCUGCUCGCCGCCCUCGCCGAGGACGAGAUCUGCCCGACGCUGCCCUGCUUCCCGCUCAUGGGCGUCGGCACCUUCACGGACCCGCCCGCCCGCCCGACGCCCGGCCUGUCCGACUCGCUCUUCGUCCCCGACGAGAUCAUCAACCCGGCGCCGCGGUUCGCGGCGCUCGUCAAGAACAUCAAGCGGCGGCGCGGCUCAAAGGUGGACAUUCGCGUGCCGCGCUACCGCGACGAGAAGACGCCCGACGCUGCGAGGAGCGCGCCGCCGCCGCGAGACGCCGCCAUGGACGAGGUGUACAUGGACGCGAUGGCCUUUGGGAUGGGCUGCUGCUGCCUGCAAGCGCGGGACCUAUCCGAGUCGCGCCACCUCUACGACCAGCUGGCCGUGCUCGGGCCGAUCAUGCUCGCCCUCACCGCGGCCACGCCCAUCGCGCGCGGCGUGCUGCUCGACACCGACGUCCGCUGGGACAUCAUCGCCCAGUCCGUCGACGACCGCACGCCGGCGGAGCGGGGCGUGGCGGCGGGCGGCGGCGAGGGCGGCGGCGGGCACGCGGCGAUGGCGGGGCACGGGACCAAGCGGCUGCACAAGUCACGGUACGAGACAAUCUCGACGUACAUCUGCAACACCGUCAUCGGGCAGGACGGGCAGGACUCGUCGACCCGCGCAGCCUUGAAGGAUUUGGGGCGGAACGACCUCGAGGUCCCGAUGGACGAGGAGGCGUACCGCACUCUCACGCAGGCGGGGGUCGACGAGGUCCUCGCGCAGCACAUCGCCCACCUCUUCGUGCGCGACCCGCUCGUCAUCUACCGCGAGCGAGUCGAGCUCGACGACGAGCGGGAGACGGACCACUUCGAAAACAUCCAGUCCACCAACUGGCAGACCGUGCGCUGGAAGCCGCCCCCCGCCAAGAGCGACUCGCACAUCGGCUGGCGCACCGAGUUCCGCCGCCUCCCUCUCACAGCCGCCUCCCUCUCGCUGCAGGUCCAGCUGACCGACUUCGAGAACGCCGCCUUCACCGUCUUCGUCGUCCUCGUCUCGCGCGUCAUCCUCUACUUCAACCUCAACUUCUACAUGCCCAUCUCGUGCGUCGACUGCAACAUGCGCCGCGCCGCCGAGCGGGACGCAGUCACCCAGGGCAAGUUUUGCUUCCGCCAGUCGCCCAUCUCGGGCGCCUGCUGCGGCAGCACGGCCGGCGUGGAGGACCUCUCCCUCUUCGAGAUCAUGGCGGGCAAGGGCUCCUUCAAGGGGCUCGUGCCGCUGAUCCUCACCUACCUCGACCUCAUCAAGACGGACACCACCACCCUCGCCACGAUCAACAAGUACCUCGACUUCGUCGUCGCGCGCGCCUCGGGCGAGCUGCUCACGCCGGCGCAGUGGAUGCGCCGGUUCGUGCUCUCGCACCCGGACUACCGCCACGACUCGCUCGUCUCGGAGCGGAUCGCCGCCGACCUGCUCGCAAAGUGCCACCGCAUCGGCGCCGGGCUCGAGCGCUGCCCGGAUCUGCACGGCGACUUCGUGGUUCCGCCCGUGCUCGCCAAGGACGCGUACGCCGUCAACAUGACGUCGGGCGAGGCGCCCGGCGCGCGCAUCUCCAGCUCGACCGACGGGCUGAUGGCGAUGCACCAGAUCCGCCUCCAGCUGCAGACGCGCCGCCGCCGGCUGCUCGCCGACGCGACGGAGCACCGCGCCCGGCUCGAGGCAGCGCAGGAGGAGCUGCGCAACGUCGAGACGCAGCUGGCGGUGCUCGCCGCGAGGUGACGCCGGGGGCAGAGGUAGGGGGUCGUUCGACCCGAGGCUCGGAGAGCGGCGGGGCGUCGCGCGCCGGCGCGGGGCACCGCCUCGCUCUCGCCGCUCUCGCGGCGCGGUGUAGACUUGCUAGCCGGGACGAGCGGGCAGCUCCACUGGACAGGGAGACUGCCAAACUUGCGGUCGUGUUUGUGCACGGUGUUUCGUGUUUGCCUCGAGUUCGUGAUUCUCUAUAGAGUCCAGAGAUAUAACUU